AUUUGGAAUGUUGUAUCCUGCUUAUUAUUCGUACAAAACUGUGAAAACAAAAAACGUUAAGGAAUACGUGCGGUGGAUGAUGUACUGGAUCGUUUUUGCCCUUUAUACUGUGAUUGAAACACUGGCGGACCUAACAGUUGCAUGGUUUCCCUUGUACUAUGAGAUGAAGAUUGCUUUUCUCAUUUGGCUGCUCUGUCCAUACACUCGAGGGGCCAGUUUAAUCUAUAGGAAAUUCCUUCACCCGCUACUUUCUUCAAAGGAAAGGGAGAUCGACGAUUAUAUCGUUCAGGUCAAAGAGCGCGGCUACGAGACCAUGGUAAGCGUCGGUCGCCAAGGCCUCAACCUAGCCGCCACGGCCGCCGUCACGGCCGCCGUGAAGAGUCAAGGCGCCAUCACGGAGCGUCUGAGGAGCUUCAGCAUGCACGACCUGACGGCCAUCCCGGGAGACGAGCCGGCCGGCCCGAGGCCCUACCCGCCCGCCCCAGAAACCAAGAGGCGAGCCAAGGCGGCUUCGGGCGAAUCCGCAGGUUAUGGAAUUCCCUCGAAAGAUGGAGAUGAGAAAACAGAUGAAGAUGGCGAUGGACCAUAUUCAGAAGAUGAAAUGUUAACACACAGAGGCCUUCGAAGAUCGCAAAGCAUGAAGUCUGUGAAGACUGUCAAAAGUCGCAAAGAGGUGCGGUAUGGCUCAUUAAAAUAUAAAGUGAAGAAGAGACCACAGGUGUAUUUUUAGUCGGCCAAAUAUCUCAGAGUAAACUGCUAAUUACUCGAUUUCAAUACAUCGUGUAUUUGUCCAUUUAAAAUGACUCCUCAAGGAAUGGUAAUGGAUGAUAGGAUGGCUAGAGAUUGCUUUUAUCUAUUAAAAUAUGGAUAGGUUUAAUUUCCUUAAGAAUUACUUAAUAUUCUCAUUUGACUAUUAAAAACUAUUUCCUUACGAUGUAGUUCUUUCAACUCUGAAGAUAAGUUACAAAGGAUAGAAAACGCUUCUCCUUUUUAAGUUAGCUAACACUAAUGGAGUACUUGCUGUACCAGACAAAAGCAUACACAUGCAAAAACCUUUAGUAUACUUGAAAAGAACAUUUUUCUGGUUCAGGAAACCUUACAAAGCCUUUAUGGUUAUUGUCGUUCGCAUACCUCCGUUGUGCUAUAUAAAUUAUAUGGUGAGUCAUGAAACAGACCAGUUUAUUCUAAAUAUUUGCGUUGGUAUAAGUAAACCCAGAGGAGAGGGAAACAGUGCUAUAUUGCUUAUCCUUAGAAAUUGUACUUUGGUACAGUUGCCUCAUCUCCUCCUCCUCACCAAGUUUUAAAACUCAAAUUUGAAAACCAGGUAUCCACACCCAGCACUUUUAUACCUAUAUGGCUUUGCACACUUGGAAUUGUUUACUUAUUUACAACUGUUCUUAUUUUUUUCUUUUAUCGAAGAAGUUUUUGCCAUUCUUUGCCUCAUUUUCCUGUGUCUUACAUAUAUACGUGCUUUGUUCUGCCUAAUUUCUCUUCCUGUGGGUUUAGUUCUUUAAAUGUUAUUUCCAUUUUAAGGUUUUAAAAUUACUUUGUCUUCUCAUGAAUGAGAAGCAAUAUGUAACUGACAUUUUGCAUUUGCAGUUGUGUUUUGCAGUUAAAUAUAGUAUAUUCCUAUUAAUAAUGCUUAUUAUUAAGCUUUUUAGCUUUCAAAUAUUAGCUUAUGUAUAGUAUAGUAAGAGAUUCAAUGCUGUACCCCAAUUUUAUAAAAUAGCUCAAAGCUUGAAACAUACAUUAUUGGUUUUAUGCGAAUCUUCGCAAUCAAUGUCUGAGUCUGGCAUUCGCCAGAUCCAUUUCAUUGAAUCACUCCUCUUCUGGCUAAGAUCUCUCCCCUGAGGAUGAGCACAUCCCAAUGUGAAAUAGAAGGAUUGUUAUCUUUCUUUCAUCUGAAAAACCAUUUCUGUCUGAGGAAAAAGUAUCCUAAUGAGUCUUCUUUUAGCAAAAGGUUUGGGGGUUUAAAUUAUUGAAGCUUGGAUAAUGAAUGGAUUCUUAGUAUUAUGUACUUGGAUUGCUUUCUUCACAUUGAAAACCAAAGUCUUUUGACUGUGAUGCUGUGUGAUUUUUUUUUUUUAAGCCAAAGUCUUUUGACUAUGAAACCAUGUGUUUUUCGAAAUUGGAUCUUCACCUCAAAGAACUGGUGACCAUUUAGCGAUCAGGAGAUUGAGAUUUUAGAAUACUUCACACACAAAUUGCAGAUGGAAUUAUAUUUGUUCAGAAGUUUUAUUCUGAUAUUCUACUAGUUCUCCCCAACUCCUCCUGCCAGUCCCCUGCCUUCUCCCACCCCCACCAAAAAAAAAAAAAAAAAAAAAAAAAGACUG